CCCCGGAGGAGGAGGACCCCCGGCCGGAGGGGCCCGAGGCAGACGCGAAGCCACCGUCAUCUCGGGGACGAAGAUGGCCCAGCAGGUUCACCAGGAGAUCCGUCUCGGAGUGGAGUCGUGGAUUGCUCUCGGGAACCGGAGGCCUCAUCUCAGCGUCGUCUUAGUGGGAGACCACCCUGCCAGCCACACAUACGUGAGGAAUAAAAUCAAAGCCGCCACCGCCGUAGGCAUCUGCAGUGAGGUUAUUCUGAGACCUAGAGACGUCUCUCAGGAAGAACUGAUGGAUCUGACGGCCCAGCUCAACACGGACCCAAGGGUCAGCGGCGUUCUGGUCCAGCUCCCGCUGCCAGAGCACAUCGACGAGCGGACAGUACGCAACGGGGUCGCCCCGGAGAAAGACGUGGACGGCUUUCACAUCAUCAACAUGGGCAGGCUCUGCCUGGACCAGCGCUCUCUCGUCCCGGCCACCGCCAGCGCCGUGUGGGAAAUGAUCAAACGAUCAGGCAUCGAAACCUUUGGGAAAAACGUGGUGGUGGCCGGAAGAUCAAAGAACGUUGGGAUGCCCAUCUCUAUGCUGUUGCACACGGAUGGAGAUCACGAACGGCCCGGAGGUGAUGCGACCGUGACAAUAACUCACAGAUACACUCCACGAGAGCAGCUGAAGAUGCACUGCCAGUUGGCUGAUAUCAUCGUUGUGGCUGCGGGUGUGCCAAAGUUGAUCACCGCCGACAUGGUUAAGGAAGGUGCCGCCGUCAUCGACGUGGGAAUCAACCACAUCCAGGAUCCACUCACGGGGAAGACCAAAUUGAUGGGAGAUGUGGACUUUGAUGAGGUGAAGAAGAAAGCUGGCUUCAUCACUCCAGUUCCCGGGGGUGUGGGGCCGAUGACUGUCGCCAUGCUUCUGAAAAACACUUUGCUUGCAGCUAAGACCCUCGUUUAUUAGCCCAAGUCUGGACCUGAGACCACCCCAAGAGCCCCUCGACCCCUUCAAGCUACUUAUUUCUCAACCGGAUGCCGGUCUUUUUUUAUUUUAAUGUCUGAAGCUAUUUAUUUCUAUGUCAUAUUUAUUUUUUGCACCCAGGGUAUUGUUGUGAGUUGGACAACUCACAGACACCGUGGCGUUUUCGACUAACAGAUUUCGAGCUUUGGCUUCAGGGAUAAAAUUUCUUCCAUAUAACAGAUUUAGCUCCCUAAAGCUGAAGUAAAUAAAGGGGUCACCAUCAACAAGCGUACUUUUGAAAAUCGA